UAUAGCUUUUGGCGAUAAAUUAAACACAUAAUGAAUUGUCGUCCUGACUAUUUGUCAAAUCAUCAUUUGAGCCAUUUAGUGAUUCUAUUCAACUAUUUUUUAAAAUCACAGAACAAUAUCAAGUCCGAAAACAGAAGUUACAUAAACUGUUAGAUAUACUUUACUUGACUUUGGUCAAAAUUUAAUUACUCAUCAGUGAUCAGUGAAGUAUUUAUUUAGUACAGUUAUUCGAAUUCUUUCAGGUCUGCUCGUGAAACAUCGUACUUAUGUAUUUAAAUGUUGUUUUUAUUGGCGAUAAAACAUCUAUAUAUUCGGGGUUUCAAUAGUUGUCUCAAUUUUGUAAAUUUAGCAUGACAGAUCAUAACCCUCAUGUUUUCCACGUCUCAGUGUUGACUUUAAAGUAACAACAUUUUAGCCAAUUUGAUAUUCACGCAAUUUUGACUUGUCUGUCGAAAUUGAUGUUAAUGACUGUAAUACAACUCGGAACACUCAUAGAAAGUAAUCUGCUUUUUCGGAAGAUGGGACUAAACAUUAAUUUUCCGUGCUUUAAAAAUAUCACUGUUCGUGCUCCUCGAUCAUCAUUCCCCUGGUGUCAAAAGCAAUAUAGACGAAAGGUAACCUCCACCCAUCCAGAAAACAAUAAUGUCUACCGUGAUUAUCAAAACCAUAUCACAGAGGAACUUAUACAAGAUAAACAAGAAAACAGUCAAUCUCUCGUAACCGAUGAAGACGACAACAAAAGUGACCCUCCUGAGAAUACGAAUUCAAGAUACUGUUGCGAAAAUAUAUAUCCGAAAAUGAAUGAUGAAACAGAUCAGUCAAAACCCGGAAAAACUGCUGACCUAAUAGCACUUUUCGAAAUGUUAGGUGCUCAGUAUGACAAGCUAUGUCUAGAAAAUUCUGACCCUUCGAAACAUCAUCAGCAUAGCGGACAAGUAGAAAAUCAACCAAAUGAUAACGAUAAUGAUUAUGACAAUAAUGAUAAUCAUAAAGAUACUGAAAAUAAACAAAAACUAAUCACUGAGUCACCUGAUACAGAAGUUGAUUAUUUAGAUAAUUCAGAUGAAGCUACUUUAAGAUUAAAGGAUUCCUUCAAGACUUAUGAAGAACGUCAGAAAUAUAAAUCUAUCAUCCAGGACACUCCAUUGUAUCAAAUAUAUACAGAGAAAGCGUCAAUCAGUGAAUCAAGACGUGAUGCACGAAGACUAUUAGCUCUCGUUCAACCUGGCUCUUUGGAUAAUCCAUCAAAUAAUUUAAAAUUUGAUGAUGAAUUAUUCACUGCAAUAGAUGGUGAUGAAUCCGAUUCAAAUAACCAGUAUUCACAAAAAGUACCCGGUAGUUUGAUUGAUAGUCAGCAAUCAUCAAUUCAUAUGAAAAAUUCUGAGCGAAGAGAUUUACUAUUUCGUCUACAGAAUAGCGGCUCUUCCUCAUUCAGAUCAAGGAAUAGUGACUCACUAAAAACCUCUUCAUUUAAGCGGACUCAUUCAAGUUCAAAUACUGGUGAAAGAAGUAAAAAUCAAAGUUCUGCCUCUAAGCCGCGUAGACAGACUCAAGAAGUUCAGAAUUUCGUGAAUGAAGUUGCUGGAACUGGACCUAAUCGUGUACAGUGGUCUGAAAUGCCUCAAGUGAUCAGCGCAGACUUGGCUAGGGACCUACCUGAUUAUCAGAAAAAGUUGCAAGAGGCAUUGUUUGAAGUUAUAACGUCAGAAGCGUCUUACUAUCGAACCCUGCAUAUUUUAAUAGAAAAGUUCUAUAAAGCUCCGUGUAUGCAGCCAGAUUCCAAAACGUCUGUUAUAACAGCUAUCGAGAAACGACACUUAUUUUCAAAUAUAUCGGAAAUAUUUUUCACAAGUGAAACAUUUCUUCGAGACAUGGAAUUAUAUUUUAUUCAGAAUCCACUGAUACCUCAAUUAUGUGAAAUUAUUUAUGAACAUACAGAGAACCAUUUCGAAAACUAUGUGAAAUAUGUACAAAACCAAAUGUACCAAUUAAGAACAUUAACGAAAUUAUUAUCUUCUCCUGCUUUUGUAGAAGUUGUUCGCUCAAUACAGCAACAACCAAGUUGUGGAUUCCUAGAUCUCAAUUCCUUCCUAUUACUUCCAAUGCAACGUGUUACACGCUUACGUCUUUUAUUGACUGCUAUCUUACAUUAUGCUCCUAAAAACGGUGUUACAUAUCAAAGUGGUUUGGUAGCCCUUGCAUCCAUAGAAAAACUUAUAAGUAAAUGUGAUUCAGAAAAAGCUCGUAUGGAACAAAAAGAACGUCUUGUAGAAAUUUGUAGGAGAUUAGAAUACAAGUAUGAUGCAAAGUCUUUGGCUACGGAAAGUCGGACACUUGUAAAAGAAGGUGAUCUACGUCUUUUAACAAUGACCAAUGUACAGGGUAGUGGGUUCCACCGUCGUUUCAGCAGUAUUCGUAAAUCCAAAGCAACAAUAGCAACUCUAUUUCUAUUUAGUGAUUAUUUAUUAAUUACCAAAAAGCGGAGUAAUCAACAUUUAAUGGUUGAAGAUAGUUGUUCGUUGAAUUAUAUUCACGUGGAGGCCCACAAUGCCUUACCUAAUUGUUUCAUACAUCAUUUCUGCCGAUCUGGAGAUCCUAAAUUAAAUGCACAAUUAGGACAUGUAACUUAUGUAAAAACGUUGAGUCUUCCUAAACAAGCUGCUACUGAACAAGGCAAGGUAAAUAAUAAAAAACCACGAAAAUUUUCUACAGAUACAAAUAAUGCAGCGGAUGUUGGGCUCAAUGUAUUUUCGUUUAUUUUAAUAAUAGAAGGACCCGACCAUCCACGUGUUCAGUACGUUUUCCAAACAGAAACACUUUCAAAAAGAGAACGAUGGUUGGAUGGUCUUUCAUGUGGUCGUCAUGGUAUCCCUGAAAAUCUAGGUUUGGAAAUCUGUGAAUGUCCUCAAGUACUCAUCACUAAAUCUUAUUCUGCUAUUGAAUGUGAUGAACUAGAAUUAAAAGAGGGAGAUCAAGUUAAUGUGCUUGUCAGCUUAUCAGAUGGCUGGCUCAAAGGAGCAUUACCGGACGGUAGACGUGGAUGGUUUCCAAGUCAUAUUUGUACUGAAGUCAAAGACUCAUCAAUGAAACGUGAAAAUAUGAAGAAUUUUAUGCUUAUGGAAGAAGCUAAAGCAGCCUACAGUGUGAGAAAAAGCCGUGAAACAUUUGAUGGUUUUCCUAGAAUGAAAGAUAUUCGAAAUAGUAAUCGAGACUUAGGAAAAAUUAGACAAAGAUAAUACAGUAUAUACGAGGAAUGAUGAUAAACUAUUUAGCUAGUGAACGAAUUUGUUUUUAUUUCACUUUUUUCUCUCUUUUCAUAACCUUUCUUUCUUUAUACUGAGUGACCAAGAUAGAAUACUAGACAAAUUGUUGCCUAGCAAUAAUCCUAGGAAAAUCAUAAUUUCAUUUUAUUAGCUUUUUAUUUUUAAAUAAUCGAUAACAUAAAAGUCGCUGUUCAUCACUUACUUGUUAAUCAAUCUGACACUAAAAGAGUAUGACAAAUAUCCCCAUCUCUAAGCUUGUACAGUUUUUUUUUAAUUUUAAAUAUUUGUGGAACCUUUCAAAAAUAUUCCAACUGAAUCAAAUCAAUUAUCAGCAAUCUGGCUUUAAUUGUGUACAGACUUUCAGUUUUUAAACUUGACGACUUCGAUAAGUCGUUGAAACUGUUUUACUAGUAACCGAAUAUUAAAAUUUGACCAAGAAUUCCCUCUCACUAAUCGUAAUAAUGAGUUAUAUUAAUUAUUUCUACAAGUAACUAGUAAUUGUCCGGAAUCCUUGAAAAUAACGAUAUGAAAAUAUUCAUAAUCCUAUACUAAUUUUGAUAAUAAUAAUAAUAGAUAAAUAUUUACAACCAGAAUAGUAGUAAAAGGUUUUAAAGUGUUUGUGUACAAAGCAAACAACUUCAAUGUUUACCAUCAUUGUGACCAUAGGUCGGUCUUCGUAAUACUUGUUCAUUUAGCAGUUGGAUAUUCUCACACUUUUAUUUCUAACAUCCUUUCAUACUACCUGACUGAGCUUUACUCAUAAAUAUAUAUGAUAAACAAGCCUCACGCCAAAUUAACAAAUCGAUUCUUACUGUAUAAACAUUUAUCAGGUCUACCUUACCUCUACAAUACCAAGUUAGAACCUCAUUUUACUUGGAAAACUUAACACUAUGUAUACGAUGAAAUUAAUUACUUUUAUUUUCACGACACUUAAGAAAUUAUGCAAAUUCAUAUAUUGAUAAGCGCGUACACUUGUAAACUCGUGUUUAGAUCAAAUAACAAGCAUAGAAAACAAUGAGACGGUUGAUAUCUACCAGUUAAGUAAGGUUUCAAUCAUGAACCAUGACAUAUACCUAACGUUUGACACUUUUAAUGACCAAUAAUGAAUGAACUAUGUUUUUCCUUAUAAACAUAUUCCAAUGAUAUACUUUUGAUUGUUGUGUAUUUACAAGUUUGUUCUCAUUAAAAUUAUACGGCCAACUGUAAGUUAAUUUGAAAUUGUUCAAACCGAAACCACAAACAAAGGAUACUAAGUUAUUCAGAUAGCUAAUUUUAGUCAUUUUCGAAACAGAACCAUGUUUGAAACUCAUUAACGAAGAUGUAACACAUUCCUUUACAACAACCAAACAUUGAAAUCCAGCGUAAAAUCUUAUAGUCAGGUUGCAUGCCUUUACUAUAAAUGUGUAUCAUCAUCGAAUUCCAGUUUUCAAGACAGAUUGGAUUAAGAAAACGCUUCUUUUACAGUAGUGAGUAGCUUUUCAUAGACAUACAUAUAAACAAGCUCCAGGAUGUAAAGCACCAUACACAUACUCUCUACAAAUGAGAUGCGACGAGAAUCUCAAACUAUAAUGUUUGUUUUUUGUUUCCGCAAGCUCCGAUUUUAAUGGAACUAAAUAUCCGAAUAAACUACUUUGUAUCCUAAUUAAAAAGCGAUUGCAUUUGAAUUGAACUGAAAAUGUUUACGUAUUAAUCUUACAAACAACGUUAUGAUGGGCGGUGUCUACGAGCUAAUCCCCCGAACUGACUACUUGAGUGAGAAGUUUAUUGGGCUACUGAAUAACAUGCAUAAAUACUCAUUCAUACAUAUACAUCACUAUCCCUUAGAAAAUCAAUCAAUGAUAUGCAUUUGCCUUUCAAGUCGUUUCAGUGUUAUUGAUUGACCUUAUUUGGUUACUUCUGUCCUGUUCACUAUAUCAGAUAACUAUUACCGCAAAUGCAGAUCGUAUUUUUGAAUUUAUCUACGCGAUAAUUCGAUUAUGUGUAUCGUUUACGGUGGGAUUACGCAAAUUAUCUCUAGUGGUAUUUUCAGCAUUCACAGAGUGAUGAAUAAGCUCACAGUUCAAAGUAACCAGUGGGACUUGCCGAUGACUCA